CACUAGGCUUGCAGUUUUGUUGGACAAAAACAAAUGGAGUACAAGCAAUUCGAGACUUCUUCUUCUCCAAGAAUCAGCCGGGUUCAAUCAGGUGACGCAAGAUUCCGGCCAUCGACAUCGGAGUUACCAAGGAAUCGUGUGGUUUCAGCCAUAUAGCUGAUCGUUUUAUUGAAUCAAACCCCUGGAAAACAAGUCAUCUUUUGUUGGUAAAACCAGAAGGAGUCUUUCGCUUGUUGAAUCAAGGGGCUGAAACAAGAAAAUAGAAGCGAUGGUGCUUAUCCCAUCAUUUCUCGAUGGAUUGGCAAGAACAGUUUCGAUCAAGAAAGGGAGGAAUGGUGGUCAGACGGAUGUUGGAAGAGAAGCAGCGGAAACCAUGGCCAAAGAUGCGAAGAAGAAUGAACUGAUGAGGAGUUCCUCUGGUACAGUCAAGUCCAUCAAGUCGAGCAAUUUUGCCUCCGUCUGCUCCAAGAGAGGACAGAAAGGAAUCAACCAGGACUCCGCAGUGGUCUGGGAGGAAUUUGGAUGCCAAGAAGACAUGAUCUUCUGUGGUAUCUUUGAUGGGCAUGGACCUUGGGGCCAUGUUGUAGCCAAAAGGGUUAGGGAAUCAGUGCCUCCUUCUUUACUAUGCCACUGGCAGAAAAAUCUUGCCUUGACCUCCCUUGGUCAGGAAUUGGACACGGAAGUACUGAACAGAAGUAUUCAUCAGUUUGAUGUCUGGAAGCAAUCUUACUUGAAAACUUAUGCUGACAUUGACCUUGAGCUUAAGCAGCAUCCUGGGAUAGAUUCUUUCCGUAGUGGGACUACUGCCUUGACAAUCAUCAAACAGGGUGAACAUCUUGUAAUAGCAAAUGUUGGGGAUUGUCGGGCGGUCCUGGCAACCACCUCAGAUGAUGGCAAUUUGGUACCACUCCAGCUUACAGUUGACUUCAAGCCUAACAUCCCUGAGGAGGCUGAAAGGAUAACACAGUCGAAGGGUCGAGUCUUUUGUUUAGGAGAUGAACCCGGGGUGUACAGGGUCUGGAUGCCUAAUGGGAACACACCAGGGCUAGCUCUAUCAAGAGCCUUCGGUGACUACUGUGUCAAAGAGUUUGGGCUCAUUUCUGUGCCUGAUGUGACCCAAAGAAACAUAACAAGCAAAGACCAAUUUGUCAUUUUAGCAACAGAUGGGGUGUGGGAUGUUGUUUCCAACCGAGAAGCAGUGGAGAUUGUUUCUUCAGCAGAAGAUAGGGAAAAAUCAGCCAAAAGACUGGUUCAAUGUGCCAUCCGAGCAUGGAAAUAUAAGAAAAGAGGCAUUGCCAUGGAUGACAUGUCGGCUAUCUGCCUUUUCUUUCACCCCACGUUGUCUCGAGAGGUCAACCUCGUCAAGGCCUCCAAAAAGGCUGGAAUGAAGAAACUUGCCUAACUGCUUGUUGGCCAUUGCCUUUCUAUUUAGGUGAUUCUAUCUGUUAGCUCUAUUGUAGCAUAUUGUGUAUGGAUGUAAACAUGUUCGAAAGAGCUCAUAAGCUGCAUCUGCCCCAGCAGAUGCUUAAAGUUUCAAAUGAAGAUCCAACUUUCAUUCAA